AUGGAGUCAACUGAGUCUCCUUAUGAGGGACAGAAAUUGGUCAAGUUACCAACGAUUGUGCACGAUGACCCUUUUGUCAAAGUGGUAAAGACUUUAUCAAUAUACUUUGUCGAUGAAAUUGUCCUUCCUUCAACCUUUGAACAAUUACGAACUACGUCUGCGGGAAACAAAAUCCGAAUACUUGUUGAACAUCUCGUCGAAAAUGUUACGAAUCCCGCCAUUAUCAAUGCAAUCUUAACAUUGAAGUGGCACUUUUCUACUCUCGAUGUAGACGAUCGCGGAAUCAACGAAACUCGAGCAAGCGCAUGCGAAAUAGUGGCAUGGAGAUUUUUAAGUCGUGUAUCGGAACGAGAUGCUGUCGAUUUUUGCUUAUACGAAUUACCUUCACCUACUCUUCAACGAUCAACAGAUGGUGCAGCAGAAGAACCCGAGGAAACUCAAGCUACGGAACAUUCGACUCUAUUGCCACAAUUCCGAGGGAGGAAUUCUCCUCCUGGUACAAGACCACCCAGUCAGAAUAAAAAGACUGAACUCUUACGGUCUAUUUCACAUAUGGGGUCAUUCUUUACUCAUGAUGAUAUGGAUGAUGAUGAGGAUGAUCCAACAUCUUCGUUCACAGGAUUGAAUGCUCUUGAGAUUUCUGUGGUAGCUGAUUGCAAGAAGUUUCUCAGUCAAAGAAUCGUUCAAAAGAUUAUAACGGGUAUCUGGAAAGGAGAUAUAACAUUUUGGGAAAGUUUGAGUGAGCAUACCCAAAAGAAAGCUCAGUUUUAUAACAGGAAAAAGUCCGAUCCUUUUUCGAGAUUGAGAGUACCAAGGUAUAUCAAAGCUUUUGAAGUUUUAUUCUUUGCUUCUUUCUUAUUUCUAUACUAUGCAGUUCUUGUUGAACGGAAUCCAUAUUACAUUACGCCCCUUGAAAUUGUUCUCUAUGUAUGGUUUGCUGCUUUUGCAUAUGAUGAACUUGGGGAAUUCAUAGAUGCGGGCUCGAUUUUCUAUGCGGUUGAUAUAUGGAAUUCUUGUGAUUUGAUGAUCAUCUUAAUAGGAGCUGCUUUCCUACUCACUCGUGUCAUUGGCUUGACAAAGGAUAGUGAUAGGAUCAUCGACAUGGCUUUCGAUAUCUUGUCUCUGGAAGCACUCUUCAUGGUACCGCGAAUAUGUUCACUUCUUAGUCUCCAUCCAUAUUUCGGAACUAUAAUUAUUAGUUUAAAAGAGAUGACCAAAGAUUUCAUUAAGUUUAUGCUUAUCGUGUUGGUUCUCUACCUCGGUUUCCUAACAACCUUUACCCUCCUCGCCCGCGAUUCAUUCACCUUGGGCGAAAUGUCUUGGGUUCUUGUCAAAGUAUUCUUCGGAUCCUCAUACCUCGGGUUUGAUAUAAUGUAUCAAAUCUCUCCUCAACUCGGUCCACCACUUAUGCUCGUUUUUGUCUGUUUGACCAACAUUCUACUCAUUACAUCUUUGAUCAGUAUUUUGUCUGAUAGUUUCUCCAAAAUCAAUUCUCGUGCAAGAGAAGAGAACCUUUUCUUAUACUCGGUAUAUGUUCUUGAAUCUUCGACAUCAAAUAGACUUACACACUUUUACCCUCCAUUCAAUCUCAUCCCUCUCAUUCUUGUCAGACCUCUCAGACUCUUCAUGAGUUCUUCUACAUUAAGGAGAACUCGUAUUGGGCUAUUGAAAGCAACACAUGCGCCAAUUGUACUUGCAAUUAAGAUUUUCGAAGGUGUUCAUCAACAUAUACAAGAUCCAUCAUCUUUCCCCCGCACACCAAUUGCUACAGUACCAUCCACACCUCAUAGCGGAGCUGGUGGAACUAAUUCUUUUGGAACAACGAGUAUGAGUGGAGAACCAGCAUAUAAAGGAAAAGCGAAGAAGAAAUUUUUGACAAGUAGGACGGGCACAAAUCAUUCAUUGCAUUUUAUGGAUGGCCCGGGUAUUGGAGAUGGAGAGGCGAGUCCACUUGUUAGUGGAAAGUGGGAGGGAGGUCUUAGGGGGAGGAAAGAGGGAUGUUCUUCUGAUGUGGGUAAUUGUGGACGUGUGAAUGGAAAAGUAAAUGGAAAACUUCAUAAGAAAUUGACGUUUGGGGGAGAAGAUAGUGGGUUGGGAGGAGAGGAUGAUGAUACAGCACGAAAAGUUCAAAGGACAGAAGAAGAAGAAGAGAGAACAAGCGAGAGAGAGAGAAGAUUAGAAAAUAAAGUUGAUGAAUUGGGGAAGAGGAUAGAGGAAUUAACGAGAUUAUUUAUGGCGGAUAAGGGAUUGGGUGGGGAUGAUGAGAUGUAG